AAAAGACUAGGCACUCACAGAAGCAUACUAGAAGGGGAACACCAAGGGCCGUGGGCCGUCUGACCUUACUACAUAAAUCUAAAUCUAAUCUAGAUCUGUUUGACUACUUUAUACUUCAAGGUCAUUUAGUGUUUUCGCGCAAGUAAAUGUAUAUAAGGUGGGAUGGUUAGAACUGUUUGCAUAAACAUGCAUGUGGCCAUACGACAUUUAGCUUUAAGUUUUACUAAGUCUGUUCAUGUAUCUAUAAUCUCAGGCCGACAUUGGUAAGAUUUUGCCUGAUAUUCAUGCUUGUGUCCAGCUCUUUAUGGUCACGCAUGCACUCAUCUAACUACACAAAAUUGUUGACUAAAGUAAUAGUUUUUUCAUAUAUUUCACUACGACUUUGGCCCAAAAACGGUGAAGCCACGGGUUGAACUAUUUUGCUGUCGAGCUAACCAGAUCCAAGGUAGUUACUAUCAGCUCUCACCAAUUUAGUGCAGUUUCACUUUUUCAUGAGAUAUGUAGUUUAGUGCUUGAAGUUUACUCGAACUAAAAGUCUUGGUCUCCACAUAUCCCUACGACUAUUAGUUCUUUGAUCGGUAUCUUGAAAUUUAUUCAGGUCAGUAGGUUGAUAUCUAUUAUUAGUUUCAUCUAAAUAUUUACUAUCAGCCAUAGAAGUCUACAAAAGUAUACGUUCAGACCGUAAUUGAACUUCUUCUCUUGAUUGAGUUUAUGGUUGGCAUCUCAUGAAGUACAUAAUGGUGAUUAUCGACUAAUCCUUGUUGAUUGACUCAUGUAUGUGGAGCUGCUGUAGCUAGCAGAUUUGGUUUAGAAUCAAUGAAAACUUGAUCACGUUUUCUAUUUGGCCCUGGAACUCGUGACACUUUGCUGUACAUUCCGUAUCUCUUGUGACUGCUGAGCUAUAAACCAUGUACAAGGUCGUAAAACCUUUCCAAGCAGCAGGAUUUUACUGUUCAAACUUGACAACAAAGUAUAACCAGUCAUCCUAUUGCCUUCAAGAACUGUUUGCGAAUCCUCAAAUCCACAACCUUUUACGUCUGAUCACUUGCAUAGAUUCAAACACAGUUCACCAACGACGCUAUAGAAGAGCUGGGAAGGAAAGUAUUAAACUUCUUAAUGAUGCCGAACUAAAUAUAGUCAAAAAAUAUACUGCCGCUUUUACGGAACAAAAGUUGCAGAUGCCACCUGUUUUAAACCCAAGAACCUCUGUAAAUAGCCAAAUAAUUUCUCGAGAUAGCGGUCUUCAAGGGAUUAUUCCGGGAAAUAUUAAAUUAGUUUUUACAGAUACCACACUAAAGCGUGACAGAAAGAACCGUCUCAUAGUAGUUAGAGAGUCAAAUGGUAACCUAAGACACGCAGACCUUUCUGAACGUGAUCGUAUUAACCAAGUUUACUUUCCUUUGUCUGGUCGGAAGUUAUUCAUUCCCAUGAUGUUUGAAGACAAGCAGUUAGAUGCACUUUUGGACCAAGGCUCAUUUUUGUAUAUUUUGGACAGAACAUGUGUUCAAUUCGAACCAGAUGACCCACAUUUUAGUCGAAUAUGCUAUCGUGUUUAUGAACGUGUGAACCAUUUAGCUUGGACUCCAUUUGAAAAAACUGCUGAAUCGAUAACCAACGGUCUAACCAACCCAUUGCUUCUACUACGACACACACGCUAUUACGGUCCCUUAGCUUUAUAUAUGAUUGCUCAAUUAGGUUCUCCUGGGCCACUUGUUUAUGAGACUCUUGCACAUCAACAUUACAAUCGCUUAGGUUGGGUACUUCGUUUAGUUUGUCUUCUUAGACCCUCUAGUCCUUUUGCCGUCCAUACAAAGUCAAAUGUCGAUUUAAUACCUCCGCCGAUACAGACUGUUUUAGACUACACAAAGGAUUUGUCCCAACAAAAUAUGAGUCCAUCCGAGAUUAGCAAGUUGCUGGAUUAUGUUGAACUUUUCAUCAAUCUGGAACCCUUAAGCAAAGACAAACAAGUCAUACUCAAUGAUUAUGUUCAACGAGCUCGAGAAGGUAUCAAAAUGAACAUAGAAACAAUGGAUAGUACUUAGUUAUUUUAUGUACAUAUGAUGUUAGUUUUGUUGUUAGAG